AUGUCAAUCCUCUGCCUUCUGAUCCCGGCUCAUAGGCCAGUCUCCAAGAAACUUAAACAAGAUUCGCGGAUUUUCGCAAGUCAACCUCCCAUCAGUGGGAUCCUACCUGAUUGGCGCUCAAAAGCCAGGAUGCAGGUCCCAAACAGCAGGUUUGUCUCUGGUUCUGCACCUCCAACUUCCAAGGGCAUUCCAAAUCCUUCAGAAUCGCGCACCGAAAAAGAAAUAUCUAAGAAAGAUACAAAUGUCAUCAGAUUUGGAGGACUGGAAGAUGAGGACAAACUUGCCAAAGAAGAUGAUAGAGAGCUGUCUUUGCGGCUCAUGUAUUCAGACCCCCUUGACGUGCUUUCAAAUGCCAGAGACAAGGCUGAAAGGGCUCAGCGCGAGUCAGAGGAUGGAGACAAGCAGGGAGACCAAGAUGAGGAUUGGAGGGUCGACGACGAGCACAAUGAUGGCAAUGACAACAAAACUAUACAGCGACUCAGUGCUCAUCAACCAGAAAGGGCUCAACACACGUCAAAGGGCAGAGAGGAGCAGGGAGACCGAUAUGAGGACAGGGGUGAGGUAGACAAGGAGUACGAUGAUGGUGUCAAUAAUGAGACUGUGCAGCGAGUUGGUGCUCAUCGUCCAACGAAUGAAGAGCGCAAUGAUCACGAUGAUAAUGACAUGCAGACAUUCAACACAUCUCGUCCAAGGACCACCAAUGAGGACCGACGUUCCAAACCUUCUCACACUGGUCACAAGCAGCAAGUUCAAUCCAAUGCUCAGGCUCAUGCCACUUUGUCCGGGAUUAAUGCUUACUCCCGUCCACCUCAGUCCACUCAACAAGCGGCUCGCACCACAUCACAAACCCAUUGGUCAAAUAUAUCCAACAAGAGGAAUGUUCGCCCCCUCAAUCAACCACCUGUCACGCAGGUUGUACCGCAGAACAUGGAUGUCAAUAAAGCCAACAAUACACGGUUGCAACAACAGAAGCGCAGUCAACGGCGAAAAUUUCGCAUUGAAGAUCUCCCUGAUGGCUCCCAGCAGCGCUUUCGCCUUGUGCUCACACCACUCUGGAUUGACUAUAUCUCGACACUCGAGGGGCCGUGGGAUGCCUCUGAUUAUGUUGAUGUCGCGAAGAGCUUUUCCAAGAAGAAUGAUUAUGUCUAUGCUCUGUUGAUGCAGCGAGCCUACGAUUAUCGCAGUGGUUUUGCAGACCGUGCCGAACUUGCCGUUGCUUCUUACCUUGAACAUGAGAUGCCAGAUGAUAUCAAAGACAUCGUUGGACACCUUGCACUGACCAUCCACAAGCUACCUGGUGACAGUGGGAAGACUCGUUACAUCAAUCCUGGUUGCUACCCUUACAUGUGGAAGGAAGUUAACAUGGUGUAUGACGAUCAGGGCAAGUUCUCCCAUGCAACCACUUCGGGGGCAUUUUUGCACCAACUUAUAUCUGAUAUGUUCGCUCACCACCUUGAAGCCAUCCAAGGUCUUUCCAAAGCAAGCCGAAUGAAAGACCGUCCUCGAGGAGCACUUGCUCUUGCAUGUGUUGGCGUAGGUUUUCUUUUUGCUACCUUUACUGUACUAAAUCCAGAUGGUGCCAUUGAGGCUAGGUUCUUGCAGCAACUGUGGGGCAUCACAACUGACGAAAUCAUGAUGUCGAUCUCGAAGACAACACUGCGCGGGUGGAAGAAUAUCAUUAAGGCUGCAAUUCCUUACAUUGGUGCCUACAAGUCCCGUGCAACAUCACGUGCUGCUCUAAAGGAGCAGUGGGAAGGGCUGAAUGGAUAUGUUAUCUGUUUUGACCUAGACAGUGCGAGUGACUCUGGAUCUGAUUUUUCAUUUUAG